ACUCCCUGCGCAGCCAUUUUGAGGGGGGAGGCAGAGGACCCGUCGAGCGCUUAUGUGCUGUUAUUAGCCGCCCUAAAAAACACACAAAGAAACCGAACGGGGCAAACGUUGGACGGCACGUCGUUAAAUAUGGGCCCACCAGGAGACAGAACACGCCACACAUCGACUGAUAGAACGGGGGAUCUCCGCUGGAUGGUCGAUUUAUCUUGACAUGGCAUGCGGCGGGGCGAGCCGGAGGUUGUGACGACUGAAGAAAAGAAGAGAAAGAACUAGCUCGAAGCGUCCGACGUUUGAAGAAGAGUGAUAUUUUGUUUAGCUAACGUUUGUUUCGCGUUUAUUUUAAACGAUUACCAACUGGUUCCUGUCGGAAGUUGUUGACAACAGUUAAAUAAUAUGGAGCUGAAAUAGUGACCAGUAACAGUUACAGAGUGAACCCUGCGUUAGUCUCCCGACUUUUAAUAACAUUGACAGUCUCAUUGAGGCAGAAAAUGUAAGAAAAGGGCUUGGUAAGAUGACUGACCACACAUAGAAAGCCUCAGUUAAACCAGUCUGUCUUAAAAUAAGAUGUAGCUUUAUCACUGGUUGACUACUAGUGUCAGAAAUGAAUACCUAGGUCGGCUUGCUAGCUAGCUAGCAGACCUUAGCUAGUGUGCUAAAAAUACGCCCACAUCAUGACUAUCAGCUGUGGCAGCAGCACGGGCCCAGGUCCAGAUGAGUGACGGCAAAAGUUCAGGAAAUGUCGAUUUAUUUUCGCUGUAGUCUUCGAUGUUACCGGGUGCCUGGAUCUGUUGGCAUCUGUGUCUAUCUGCCAUGUUCGUCUGUAUUCCCAGUCCGCCUGUAACACGCUUAUAACACAGUCUGUGUUCAGAGAAACAACAAAAUCGCAGCCAUGGAUCGGGGACUAUGAGAUGACCCAGUUAAUAGAAUAUCAGUCUGCUUGCUGUAGUUCACAAUCUCACUAGCAAAAAAAAAAAAAAAAAAAUGUCACCAGUAAGUGUGUUGUUUUGUAGCAGCCUCUUCUAUUAGUUUCAGUUAACAUUUCUAAAAGAGAGCCACAUUUGAGUUGCUGUUUUCUUAAAAUAUGUUGUAUUCAUUUCAGCGGCAAUUGAGAAACAGCAGCUAAUUUGGCUUGAAAGCCACGUCUUAAAACAUGGGUUUUUGAUCAGGUAUAAAGGCGAUGGAGUCUUAACCUGUUGACCAUUCCCCUCCUCAAAACUGCCUUUUUACAACAAACAAAUAUUGACAUGACUUAGUUUAAUCUUUGAUUUGUUGGUCUUUUAAGUUCAUAGGUAGAGGUUAGAAGAUCUAGUUUCAGAGUUUUGAUGCAUUGUCAGCCUCAUCCUUUUUUAAACGUAUAAAAAACAAAAUAGACGGUGUCGCUAAAGUGUACUAUACAAGAGGUACAGACACUACCAACAAAAUCUAACCAUGGGGGACCCAACUUCACGAAGAAACCAAACAAGAAACCGGCUUCGAGCUCAGCUUCGAAAGAAAAGGGAAUCUUUGGCUGAUCAGUUUGACUUUAAGAUUUAUAUAGCCUUCGUUUUCAAGGAAAAGAAGAAGAAGUCUGCACUUUUUGAGGUAGCUGAAGUGGUGCCAGUGAUGACCAACAACUACGAAGAAAACAUCCUACGAGGUGUGCGCGAUUCAAGCUAUUCUCUGGAGAGUUCAAUAGAGCUCCUUCAAAAAGAUGUUGUGCAACUACACGCCCCCAGAUACCAGUCAAUGCGAAGGGAUGUGAUAGGCUGCACACAGGAAAUGGAUUUUAUCCUUUGGCCACGCAAUGAUAUUGAGAAGAUUGUCUGUUUGCUGUUCUCUAGAUGGAAAGGGGCCGAUGAUGAGCCCUUCAGGCCUGUGCAGGCCAAAUUUGAAUUUCAUCAUGGAGACUAUGAGAAGCAAUGCUUGCAUGCUUUGGGUCGUAAAGACAAAGCUGGAAUGGUCAUGAACAACCCAACUCAGUCAGUGUUUCUCUUCAUGGACAGACAACACCUGCAGACUCCUAAAACCAAGGCCACGGUUUUCAAGUUGUGCAGCCUGUGCCUGUACUUGCCCCAGGAUCAGCUGACCUGCUGGGGCGUGGGAGACAUCGAGGAUCACCUCCGCCCAUACAUGCCUGAUUAAGGCUUCUUACUCCACCCAGCCACACAGAGACCAGCCUUUUCCCCUCCUUCCUUCCCUAAGCCUUCAGAAGCAAAUUGAUACACUCACCUCCUCCCUGUCCCUUUAAAAGAUUUGAACUUAUGCUUGGAUCUCCUUUUUCAUUCCCCACUCAUUCUCCCUCUGACCUGAAGCCUGUUUGCUUCCCAUCCUUUUUUUUUUCCCCAUCCUCCAAAUGUUUGUCCCAAUAUUUUCUGCCAUUUUUGGAUUGGCUCUGACAUUUUUUUAUUUCUUUUUUUUUUUUUACUUCAUUCCCUUUUCCUUGCUCACUCUUUCUUUUUUUUUCUUUUUUUAUUUGAACCUGCACGGACAUUGAUUUUUGAGUGGUUGGUUGUUCUCUUGGAGGCACACAGUCAACAGCAUUGGUCACUGAAUGAACUCUUUAUGUUGCAUCUAAACCAGAACAAACGAUACACAAGUCUUCAUGGUGGUUACGAUGGACAUGCCUUAUAUCCUUGUUGUGAUAAGGAAGGAUUGUUGAAGCUUGUUUUGUAAUGUUACUAGGGCUUCUAAAACAAGUUUAGACAAUUUUGUUGCCCAGGAUAGGCAUGGGCAGGUUUUAAAACACCUGUAUAGGCAAAGAUAACAAGAGGAACAGUGUUUGUCAAAUCAUAUGGUGUGGGUAUUGCUUCUUAUGAACUGCCUUAGUUUUUUUUUGCGGGACUUAAAGAUGUUUUUGUGUCAUUUGCUUCUCUCAGAAACAUACUAAACAGGCCUUUGAUUAAAAUCUUGAGCAUCUCAAAAGGCAUUCAGACAUGUUGGUAUGAUAAAGUUGAUUCAGUUCAAUCUGUUCGUGCACUAUUUCAUUUAAGCUACUGCAAUCUGAUGUUUUAUGCUUAGUUUUUCGAGGGACGUGGGUUGGAGAACUGCAAUGGUGACAGAUGUAAUAUUAAUAUACUUAACAAAAUUCUUGCGUAAAGCUAACCGGUUUCUGUUUAAUUUGACCUAUUAAAAUAAAGAAAAUCUGCUGCCAAGCUUGUUUAAAUUAAAAUUCAGUUUUGCUUUUCAAGGACAAUAAAGUACAGUAGUACAUAAAGUUUUGCUCCUUGCUGAUUCAAUGUGUUUUAGCUGAAAAAAGGGUAUAAGGCAUGUAAUUUCUGGGUUUUGAUUUUUCUGUUCUUUAAUCUUUACUGCUGAGCAUAUCUCAAUACAGUGCAAAGUCUGAAACACCAA